AUGACAGUCGUUCGAAAGUUGUGCAGUCUGGUGACGGCGCUGUGCCUGCUGGAUGGAGGAGUAUUCGCCGCAGGGGAUGGGAAGGCCAAGCAAGUGAUCGUGACGUACACAAACGCAGGAGGAUUUAAAAGCGAACUGAAGAAUUUCCAGUAUAUCUUUCUUAACGAAAAUGACGACAGCUAUUAUGUGAAGAGUUCCGAAAUAGGAGAACUGGAAAUUGGAGACAAGAUUUAUUUUUACAAAAGUUUUACCAAAGUGAUAAAUUACUUUAAGUAUCGCAUUCCCACGAAUAUACACUUCGUUUUUGGGUACAACGAUGGUGACUUAAUUUUAUUGAAAAAUAACAAGAAGGGAAUAAUUUGCAAAAUAAAUGACCUGUUUUAUAGUGAGUCUGGGAUAAAGUACACGGACAGGAAGAAUGAGUUGCAUGUGAAGAAUGAGCCUUUUUAUGUAAAGAAGUUUAGUAACUAUGGUCUUGACGAUGAUGAUGAGGAGGACGAAGCGGAUGAGCAAUUUGACGAUGAAGGGCACAUGGGUUACCAUCGCACGAUCAACGAUAAUGACGACUAUGAGGAUUAUGAUGAUGAGUUUGUGAAGCGCGCCACAAUAUGCAACGUUGGCAGUGGUAGCAGCGUUGGUGGUGGUGGUAGCCCCACGUUUAUGCCCCGGAAACUGCUGUGUUACCCCUCCAGACGGAACAACAACGAGUUGAAAGCGAUUUUCCUGAAAAAUGAGGAAUACAACAAGCAGUUCGAGUUAAGCCUCACCUACAUGAGCAAAGAAAACAACCUCAUGUUGAAGAAAAUAGCUAGCUACUUCAACACGCUAGUGAAGUUAGAGUUUGAUAAGACAAAUAUAGCCUACUACAUAUACAACAAAACUAUUGCUUGCAAUUUUAAGUACCACAUGCAGAAGGUAUUGAAGAAGAAAGGGAAGAAGCAGCUGGAGGAUAAGUACCUAACGUACACUGAUGAGCAGGUAAGAUCAAACAAUGACUUCCUUUAUAAUACUACACCCCAGUAUAAGGAUCAUCUAGGGGACAACAACAUAUUGUGGAAGCACUCGAAUAAAAAUCUGACUCAACAAUGUUUCGAGAAAUGUCACAAGGUUUUUUUUAAUGAAAAUGAAUUUAACAAUUGCUACAAGAAUGGUAAUUACGUCUACGAAAUGUCCCUGUUUAAGGAUAACUCGAUCAAGCAGGUUAAAAAAGCUCAGGUGAAAAAUCUAUCCUCUGUCGGUAGGUACAUAGCUAUGUACUACCAUGGAAAUGAUUAUGUGUCUAUUUUGAGGGACUUUUCCACGUAUGUAUAUUUCAGGGUUAAGAAUAUGCUGGACUUGGUUUUGUUUGAAGAUGAGGAGAACGAAGUUGGGUUUUAUUACAUAUCCUUCGAUAAGGGGAAGCAGAUAGUUCACCUGUUCCGGUGUGGACUCAAUACCUACCAGGUGAACUGCAAAGAAAUAUCCUUCAUUCCGUAUGAGCACGUUUCCUCAGACAUUGAACCGAAGGUUUACUUGUCUACCGUCCAAAGUGAUGAUCUGUGUACCGUUUUUAUUAGUACCAAGACGAAACUUUGGAAAUUGUAUAAAGAUAAGGAUGGAAAUUACAAUAGGAAAAUUAUGGAUUCUGUUAAAAACCCUAGUGAAGAAUUCUUUGGACACAUUAACUGCUACAUCGUGGAAACCACAUAUGAGUGGAAGUUGCUUUACAAGUAUUUGAAAAACAUCACAAAUGUAGAGGAGGACAUCGUUGCUUGCUCCUACUUUAAGCACUUCACCGAUUCUGAAAAUUCCUUGCUGAUCUCCUUCAUCGAGAACAGGCACUUCAUCCAGCGUACCUACCACGUGGUGCGAAACAAAGACUUCAUCAUUUCCAGCGGAAGGACCAAGCUCACCAUACAGGUCAACGAGCUCUUCGACAUACUCAUGCUCGUCUUCAUAAUCCUCUGCGUCAUCCUCAGCGUCUACACGAUCGUGCGGAUUUUGUUUACCAAUAAAACGAAGGUGGGCAAAAUGAAGCACCACUUCUUUGAUGACACCAAGGAUAGCUGCGCGUCGACCGUUGACUAA